ACUUGCUUUACGGAGUAUUUACGAAUCCCUGCCUUUAUCUACGUGAUGCUAGGUUCAAACUUGUCUACUGGCAGUCAGUCAUUUCAUGGGGUUUCUUCGGUCUCAAGGUUUGGUGAGGCCUCUCCGUAUCACCAGAACCCACCACUUUCUGUAUAUCCACGUUCGUUAUUGGAACAUGUUGUUAGCCUUGAUAUCGACCAUCAACCCGCAUAUGUCCGAAAUACUGGUAUAAUAUGCACCAUCGGUCCUGCUUGUCGCACUGUCGAGAUACUACAGAAUAUGAUGACAUCUGGAAUGAAUAUUGCCCGUCUGAAUUUCUCUCACGGCAGUCACGAAUAUCAUGCGAAAACCAUUGAGUUGGUCCGAGAGGCUGCCGCAACUUUAAAACCGUUCCCUCGACCAAUAGGGAUUGCUUUGGACACCAAAGGGCCUGAAAUUCGUACUGGCCUUAUUAACGGGAGUGGGACCGCUGAAGUCAAUCUUCAAGUUGGUCAUAAAAUCCGUGUAACCACUGAUUGCGCAUACAUGGAAGCGUGUAAUGAGUCUAUUCUGUAUGUGGAUUACCGAAAUAUUGUACAUGUUUUGUCUAAAGGAUCAAAGAUUUUCGUUGAUGAUGGUUUAAUAAGCUUAGUGGUUUUGGAUAAAGGUCCUGAUUACCUUGAAUGCGAAGUUGAAAAUGGUGGAAAGCUAGGGUCUCGUAAAGGAGUUAAUCUCCCAGGAGCCCAUGUCGAUUUAGAUGCAGUAUCAGAAAAAGACAAACAAGAUCUUCGUUUUGCAGUUGAGCAUAACGUUGACAUGGUGUUUGCCUCUUUCAUUCGGAAUGCUGAUGCUGUACACCAGAUCCGUCAACUUCUCGGUGAUAAUGGUUCCCACAUUAAAAUCAUCGCUAAAAUCGAAAAUCAUGAAGGCGUCCAACGAUUUAAUGAAAUCCUUGAUGCUGCUGAUGGAAUUAUGGUUGCUCGUGGUGAUCUAGGGAUAGAAAUCCCUGCUGAAAAGGUUUUCAUAGCACAAAAGAUGAUGAUUGGUCGCUGUAAUCAGGUUGGGAAGCCUGUGAUAUGUGCCACACAAAUGUUGGAGUCAAUGACUACUAAGCCUCGUCCAACACGUGCUGAAUCAAGUGACGUUGCUAAUGCCGUACUUGAUGGUGCAGACUGUGUUAUGCUUUCAGGAGAAACGGCCAAAGGAUUAUAUCCAUUAGAGGCUGUACAAACUAUGCACCGUAUAUGUGUACAGGCUGAGGCAGCAAUGUUUCAUGGACAAUUGUUUGAAGAUUUGAAGUCUUCUUUAUAUGGUCCAACUGAAAUGGCUCACACCACUGCAAUUGCUGCAGUAGAAGCUGCUAGUCGUUGUAAUGCUGCCGCUAUCAUUGUGAUUACAACAUCUGGCCGGUAAGUAUGUAUGUUUUUAUCUUACAUAAAAUUAAUCAAUGACUACACACAUUCUCGUUUCUAUUAAAAUUAAAACUGGUCUAAAAUAUGCUGCUAUUCUAAUUUAUUUAGAAGACAGUGAAUGAAAUAAUCGGAAAUACUUUAAUAUAUUAAAAGCACUGAGCUUCAUGAAGCUGCAUGAAAUUUAUGUCUUUAUUAGUAGACGUUCAACAAAUAAUUCGAUGGAAAAAACCAACAAACAAACUAAAUGGAAUUAGUUGUUAAAACUUGAAACAUCUAAAUAACCAACUUGAAGAGAGGACAUCGCGAAAUGUGUGAAGCCAAAGGAAAACAGCAGUCCAAUCACUCUUGAUGGCGAAACUCGGGAAGAUGUAGAAUCCUUCACAUACCUGGGAAGCAUCAUCGAUGAACAAGGAGGUUCAGGUGCAUACGUAAAGGCGAGGAUUGGCAAAGCAAGGGCCGCAUUCCUACAAUUGAAGAACAUAUGGAACUCAAAACAACUGUCUGUCAACCAAUAUCAAAGUCACAAUCUUCAAUACGAAAGUCAUGAAAGUCAGUUUUACUGUACGGAGCCGAAACUUGGAGAACUACAACAACCACCAUCAAGAAGGUACAAGUAUUUAUAAAUAGCUGUCUUCGCAAGAUACUCAACAUCCAUUGGCCGGAUACCAUCAGCAACAGCCUUCUCUGGGAGAGAACAAAUCAGCUUCCAGCUGAAGAAGAAUUUAGGAAAAGACGAUGGAAAUGGAUAGGACAUACAUUACGUAAAUCAUCAAACUGCAUCACGAUGCAAGCCCUGACUUGGAAUCCUGAAGGGAAGCGAAAAAGAGGAAGGCCUAAGAACACAUUACGUCGGGAAAUAGAAGUAGAUAUUAGAAGAAUGAAUAACAACUGGAAGGAGCUAUAAAGGAUUGCCCAGGACAGGGUUGGAUGGAGUGUCGGUGGGCGGCCUAUUCUCCUUCACGAGGAGUUUCAGGCGUAAGUAAGGUGCAUCAUUUAGGACGAUUAACGAAAUAAAGAAGGCACUUAUAUGUACCUUGCUUUUUUGAUGCUUUAAAGGGUACUAUACAAUAUCGAUAUAUGUAUCUUCAUUAUGUAUAUUUAACAUUCGUUUUGAUUAAUUCUCUUUUAUAUGUUAGUUCAUGCCAACUGAUCUCACGUCAUAGACCUCGUUGCCCAAUUCUCACUGUGACACGUCAUGAAUAUAUUGCUCGUCAAAUUCACCUUUAUCGUGGCGUUCAUCCUCUGUAUUAUGGUGAACCACGAGCUGGAGAAUGGUACGAAGAUAUGGACCGUAGAAUUCGUUAUGCUAUUGAUUAUGGUAGAAAGCGUUCAUUUUUCUCGCCUGGGUGCUUCGUAAUAAUCGUAACUGGUUGGAAAGCUGGUUCCGGUUCUACAAACACACUUCGUGUUGUCAAACUAGAAGAUGCAGAAACUAAGCCAAUAGUUAUGGUGCCAAGUAUCACACACUUUGAUGAUUAGGUUAACUUAUAUAAUUGAUUAUUCAAAUGAUGAGACUUUAUCACAAACACUUUUUCAGUUCUUUUAGUUUCAUCUUAUGUACUUCAAUUUAGUCAUGUUCCGUUCCUUACCCUCUUAAUCACAGAAAUUCUUGUCAUUUAUAUCAAUAGAUGUAACCUUCCAGCUGAUUUUCGUUUUAUUCAACUACUUUAUGGAAGCAUCACUUAAUAGAUGUGUAUGUGUGUAGUCGUCUUUUUUAGUGGACCUAUGGUUGUACUUCUUUACUUUCCUCUUUUCACGCACGCAACUUAGAAAUGUCUGAAAAUUUAUAAAAUAACAUUUUAUUUUUUGUCAAAUCAAGUCAUUGAUUAAUCAUUUUCCUGCAUGUGUGCGUCAUAUUAAAAUAAUUGUACGCAAUAUACUUUCCAGAU